AUGAUUAGGGCGAGGCUGAAGAAGGGCCAGCACCAGCGCAAGGCUCAAGAUGUGCGGAGUUCAGGGGCACCACGAAGGUCUAGUCUGGGCUCGCACGAGCUGCUGCACGUCUUCUCCUUCUUGGAGGCUCGAGACUUGCUCUGCGCCGCCCAGGUGGACAAGGUCUGGAAUGAAGUUGCAAGGACCCAAGAACUGUGGAGGCAGCUGUGUCUGAGACGCUGGUCCUCAUUGAAAGCCUCCCAGAUGCCCCUGGGCACACAGACGUGGAGACAGUACUAUCUCUGCAGAUCUGAGCUGGAGUUCCGAAUGGAGUCUGGGCGGCCAGAGAAGGACUUCAUCUGCAAAGCCAUCGCCGGGCACAAAGGAGAGAUAGAUGAGCUGGCCUACAUCUCAACCAAUGAAUACCGAUUUGAUGGACAGGAGAAGUCCGUGGUGUGCACUGUGUCUUCGGAUGCCACUGUGCGCGCCUGGGAUCUGCAGGAGGGCACGCAGAUCUGGUCAAGCCCUCUGCAGCCUGCUGCUCUGGUGAAUCUGGUGACCUACCCUCGGCUGCAGCUGGUUGUCACCGUGGAUGAGCGGGGCCUAAUCAAAGUCUGGAAAGCAGAGGACGGGUGUGAGUGGGCCUCCUUCUCCCUGCCUACGUACUUGUCUGCCUUGGAGGCCUGUGACAUUCCGGAGGGCCCCCUCCUGCUGGCGGCCUGCGCUGAGGGGGCGCUCUACACACUGACGGUGCCCCCGCUGCAGCUGCUCUCCAGGGUGAGCGUGUUUCCCAGCAACCCCAGUCUGCUCUGCUCUCCUGACCGGCAGUGGGUGUUUGCAUCCACCCAGAACUCAGACCUGGGCCCAAAGGUGUUCCACACUCUGUCCUUGCUGUGUCCAUCGGAAGACGAGCCUCCUGUCUACACCACUCUCCCCAUCGGGCUGACCUCCAGAGCCUGCUGGGCGCCUGCCGAGGCAGCCAGGCUAAUGGUGAUGCACAGAAAUGACAAUGGCAUGCAGUUGGUGGUCACCACCUAUGAACUAGAGGCCAAGAAGACCAGGAAUAGAGUGGACAUUUUGGUACAGCAGAUCGCAAGUUUCUUCCUGCCAGACACCAUGAUGCCUCCUCAGCUCAUGAAGAGCCAUGGCUCUCAGGUGAUCCUGCUGGUUUCGGGGUCGGAGCUGGUGCUCUUCACCAUGCACGGCCUGCAGCUGGCAGCCUUUCAGGACCACCAGAGGCCCAUCACGUCCCUGUGGGUGGGCCAGACUCGAGUCAUCACCUCCUCCUUUGACCUCUCCUUGCGAGUCUACCUGUGGAGCAAGGACAAUAAACAUCCUGUCCUCAAGAGCUGCUAUCAUUUGCUUGGUGGGUCUCACAGAUGGGCCAGCGGAUUUACUCAUGUGGAAAGCGACAGCAUGAGCAUUGUAGGUGUGGAAGCCAGAAACAUUGGAACUAGCAUUCUAAGGUCAUAUUACUUCAAAGUGCAAC